AUGACCAACGCGCCUCGCUCCAGGAGCACUGGACACACUGCUGCCUGCCACAGUGAUGAGGCUCCCUCCGAGAACAAGCUCUUCCCGGAUAAUUCCGCCUCCUCCACCACCCAUUCCUGCCUCAUGGAUUUCAACCUGCUGGCAGACUCGGAGGCUCGCAGCCCGGCCCUGUCCCUCUCCGACGCCGGGACGCCYCAGCACGAGCACGGCUGCAAGGGGCAGGACCAGAGCGACACAGAGAAGUCCCAGCAGAACCAGACAGACGACUCCAACGCCGAGGACGGCUCGCUUAAGAAGAAGCAGCGGAGGCAGAGGACUCACUUCACCAGCCAGCAGCUCCAGGAGCUGGAAGCCACUUUCCAGAGGAACCGCUACCCAGACAUGAGCACCAGGGAGGAGAUUGCGGUCUGGACCAACCUGACGGAGGCGCGAGUCCGGGUCUGGUUUAAAAAUCGCAGAGCUAAGUGGAGGAAACGGGAGAGGAACCAGCAAGCCGAACUGUGCAAGAACAGCUUUGGAGCCCAGUUCAACGGACUGAUGCAGCCUUACGAUGACAUGUAUUCUAGCUAUUCCUACAACAACUGGGCCACCAAGGGGCUUGCCACCAGCCCCCUCUCAGCCAAGAGCUUCCCCUUCUUCAACUCCAUGAAUGUCAGCCCUCUCUCYUCGCAGCCCAUGUUCUCCCCGCCCAGCUCCAUCGCUUCCAUGACCAUGCCUUCUUCCAUGGUCCCUUCGGCAGUGACCGGAGUACCGGGCUCCAGCCUCAACAACCUGGGAAACAUCAACAACCUGAACAGCCCAAGCCUCAACUCCGCCGUUUCAUCCAGUGCCUGUCCUUAYGCCUCGACAGCCAGCCCCUACAUGUACAGGGACACAUGCAACUCCAGCCUGGCCAGCCUGAGGYUGAAGGCAAAGCAACAUGCUAACUUCACCUACCCGGCGGUGCAGACGGCAGCUUCCAACCUGAGCCCUUGCCAAUACGCCGUGGACAGGCCUGUAUGAAGGGCUGCCCUCCAUCACCCGGGGACUUGACCUUAGCCUGACAAAAGGAGACCUUUAGCCCUACAACAGCCUAUGUCCUGCAGAGAAAGAGAGUGAAAGCAUGAAAGAGAGCGUGAAAGAGUGAGAAAGCGGCAAGCAGGCAGUUGGACCUCUAUCAAGAUUUGUCUAACUAUCGUAUGGUGAAUUUUGACCGUCUUUCCCCUCCCAAAYCCUUUCCCCUCUUGCCCACCAAAUCUCUUCCCUCUUGGUAAGAAAAAAAAACACAACAAAACACAGAAGUCUAUAGGAAUCCCUGCAGGGAAAUAGGAGCUCCUGACGUGUGAGGUGCCUGACCUAUGGGCAGCAAACCUGAGCAUAUUCAGUCUGACCUUCCAACCCCUCCAGGUGUGAGGGCUCCCACUCCCUUCCCCAGAAACAAGGCGGCCUGGGAAACACAAGCAGCCAGACGCUGCAGGUA